CUCACGUGACCCCUCUCCGCCAGAUCGCCGCCAUCAUGGACACGAGUCGCGUGCAGCCCAUCAAGCUGGCUAGGGUAACCAAAGUGCUGGGCAGGACCGGUUCCCAGGGACAGUGCACGCAGGUGCGAGUGGAAUUCAUGGAUGACACCAGCCGUUCUAUCAUCCGAAACGUCAAAGGCCCCGUUCGAGAGGGUGACGUGCUCACUCUCUUGGAGUCAGAAAGAGAAGCUCGGAGGUUGCGCUGACCUUGGCCACUGGGUCCUGGAUAUCCACCACUUAGCCCACGAAAUGACCUGCAACUGUUGAAUAAAGCAUUUGUAUUAAU